AUGUUCCCUAAGUCCGUGGCACCCCAAUUAAGCGGCCCCUACCUCGGCCUGCUCGCAGCACUGAGCGUAUGCCUCGUCCUGAAUCUGGGCGCCCUCUUCUUCUCACUCCGCAUCUUAACACGCGGAACGCGGGGAUACACCUACCUCGCCGGCGACCGACCUCGUGAGCUCCCCAUAAAGGUCCGCACCAUCCAAGCCGCCUUCCACGACGACCCCUCCCACUACGGGAUGGAAGGCAUCACGGCCACGGCUGAAUGGAAUGCAAUCCGCCCUCCCGGCAAGGGGUUCGUUUUUCUAGGGGAGGAGCACUUCGCAUUUGAUGUGUCGAUGUGGCACCAGAUGCACUGCCUUAACCACAUACGCGCGGUGCUUGUCAACGGGGACGACGGGUCGGACCAUACUGCGCACUGCUUCCAUUACCUACGGCAGGGCAUUCUCUGCGCCGCUGACACAACCCUAGAGUCGGGCGGUACGAACAUGAAAUUGGCUAAUGGGGAUAAAGUUGCUACGGGCGGAGGAACUGUGCAUACCUGCCGGGAUUGGAGACAAGUGCAUGAUUGGAUGGAGAACCAGCAUAAGGAGUGGACACCGGACAUGUAUACAAGGUUUCAGGAAUCUAGUUAA